CUUUUUUUCUAUUGGAAAUUUAGCAAAUGUAAAAUGGAUCCUACAUCAUCGACUAACGAUGCUAAAGCGCCUAAUUUAUAUCAAUCAGCGUCAAAAAUGUUAAGAUUAUUAACAAGUCAAGAGAAGCCUUCAGUUGCAAGUUAUUGGGAAAAACUAAAAGAAUUUUGUAUAGAAAAAGACGCUAGUAUUGUUCUUAAAAACAAAAAAUCGAACAGUUGUACAAAUUUUCCAAAGAUCGACAACUUCUCAAAGAGUAACCGAAAUUGCUUGUCUGUUAAAAUUACGAGAUGAAGAACAUAUUGGCCGGAUAAAGGAGAUGAUUCAUGAUGAUUAUGGCAUUGAAGUAAUUGGACUUACUAUGGAGAAAUAUGAUAUGACAUUACGACAAUAUAUUAGCAAAAACUCAAAACCUCGUCUUACCGUAUUUCAGCGUAUGGAUAUCAUUAUUCAGAUGUUGAAGUCAAUUCGGUCGGCUCAUGGAAUGGGCAUAGCACAUCGUGAUUUAUCUACAGUCAAUUUUAUGGUUAACACACAAUCUGAAGAAAAUAAGUUUUUGCCUGAUGGCUCUAUUGGCGUUGAACUCUUCUUAAUAGACUUUGGUAAAGCUAUAUUUUUCUUCCAGGAUGAUGCUGAAAAAUGGUGGGUUAAUACCAAUGAACAGAAUAUUUAUAAGGAUGAGAUGAAACCUAAAACAAAGGAAGAACUAGUUAUAUGGUGUAAGAACUUACCUUACAUCAUGGCAAGACCCGACCAUGGUUAUAGGUUCUAUCGUUCUAUUCAAACCUUACCGCGUACUCAGAAAGACCAUAGGAUUCUCCCUUAUCUUAUUCACCCUGCUGCUGAAGAUAUAUAUUCAUUAGGUACAUUAGUAUGGAAGAUAUUCUCUGGUAUGGAACCUUGGCCAGGAGUUUUUGAUACAGAUUUAAAAAAGCUUCGAGAAACAGUUUGCGAAGAUUAUAUAAUUGAUAAUUUACUUGAACGAGAAAUGCCAGGUCCAAUAAGUAAAAAGUUUCUACAAAAGUUUUUACGUGUCAGACCUGAAGAUCGUCGAUCUGCUGCAGAAAUAUUGACAUGGUUAGAGCAACCAGAUGUAAAUAUAGCUCUGUUAGAUGAAUGGAAUAUGCAGGAAAAUAGGUCGCUAACAAAAUCGCGUAUCGAAAGUGUUAUCUAUUUAAGGUCACCUACAUCAACAGUUUCUACAGCUACAAUACCUGCUGCAGAAUUAUCAUCACGUGAAAAUCAUAAAUCAAUGACAUCAUCAUCAAAGAUGCCUACCGCACCAUCAAGCAGAAAGCGAGCUGGUAUUGAAUGGGAGAAAGAAGCAGACGUACCCAUAGUCAAAAGGCGAAAAACAAGGGGUAGAUCAAAAAGAUGCAAGACGAGCCAACAAGUAGAUGAUAAGCCACAACCUAAAAAACGUGGUAGACCAAAGGGAUCUCGAAAUAAAAUCCAGCAUGUGAGGUUUAGUCCUAAUAGAAAAUAUUCUAAAAGACAUAUACAAGAUGAAUUACUGAAAUCUAUUAAUCUUGAUAAUCAUGAAAAUAUAUCCAAUGAAGAAACAAAAGAUGUUAUAGAAGAACGGACCAUAAAUUUAGAUAAUGAUUUUGCAAACAAUGACUCUGCUAAUGAUACUGUUACAUUCUCUGAAAAGGAGAAAGAGACUAUACAAGAGACAUCUAUAGAUCUAGAGACUAAUAUCAUUCACUCGGAUGAUCAUGAACAUAAGGUUAUUAAGUCAAACGAAAUAUCUAAAACAAUUGAAGCCAACUUAGAAACUUCAAAAGAAAUAGAAGUUAUUUCAAACAUAAAUAUGGCAGACCAAACGCUUUUAAAUUCUAUAGAUCCCGACCGUACUGUUACGGAAGGGUUUACAGAAACUAUGGAUAAACAAGAUAUUACAUCAGAGAUAAGCCCAUCAUCUCCCAAGCCUUCUACAUAUAUUAACCAUAAAUCAGCAUCUUUAUCAGAACAAAAGACUGCCGAUUUGCUUGUAGAAACAACACUUCCUGACAGUCAUAAAUCUGCUAAAAUAACUGUAGAUGAGGGAUUAAGCAAAAUAACGGAAAAGUCUUUGGAAAACCAAUGUAUUGACUCAGAGUUGAAUACACCAGUUCCCGAAUUAAUUGCUCCUGUUAAUACUAACCAAACAGCUACUGAAAAGGAACAAGCAUCUUUGAAUGACCAAGAUAACAAUAUACCUAAAAAAAAGAGGCGUUUAAAUAAAUUAAAAGAUAAAGUGGAUGAAUUAAGUAACAAGAUCGAAACAAUAUGUACGGAGUCUGAUAAGACGAAUAAUGGAGCUGUCAAGAAGGCUCGUAAGGCUAGAAAAUCAAAUACCUUAGCAAAAUCAACAAUAAGCUCAGAUACAUCAAAGAAUAUACGAAAUUUAGACGGCCCUACUAUUAUUCGAAUACCUAAUUUCAACUUGCUUGCAUCCCGUAAUACUGAAAUUCAAAUACAAGAUAUAAAUGAUCAAUAUACAGCUCAUCAAACACAAGAUAUAAAUGACCAAGCCACAGCCCAUCAAUCACAAAAAACGAUCAUUCAAUUAGGGGAUACUGUAGACACAUCUAGUGAUUCUCAGGUAGCUCAAUCUGAUGAUAACUCUAUGAAUACCACAAUCCUGCCUGACAAGUCAAUAGUUGAAAAUGAGGAUACAGUAGUUCAUAGUCAAAAUACUGAAAUGACUAAAUAUCAGUCCGUUCAAACUCAAGGUACUAUAGAUCAAACAUUAUAUUAUAAUACUUUCAAUACUGAUCGUCCAAAACCAAAAAGAGGCAGACCACGUAAAAAUCCUGUAAAAUAAAUACAAUUUCAUGUAUUUAUAAUUAUCACUUGCACAGAUUUGUAUAUAAAAAUAAAUUUAAUUGGUUGUUUUUUUCCUAAAAAAAAA